AUGAUGGCUGCUGCGAAACGAUUAUUGGUCGCCUUUGGGGCUGUCACGGGUACGGUUCACGCGCAGCAGGGCUCGUCUGCUACUUCGGCACAAGCGUGCUCGAGCACCAUCUCUCCGCAACAUGGUCAGCCAUCUGUUGCACCAGGUUGGACUGUCCAGGUCGUCGCGUCUGGAUUGAGUAGUCCUCGAGGACUCAAGUUUGAUUCGGAAGGCAAUUUGUUGGUCGUGCAGCAGGAUGUUGGAAUCUCUCGAUUGAGGCUUACCAACGACGACGGCGCGUGUGUGAAGAUUGAUGGGGACGUGGAAGACAUUAUCCCUGAUGCCGAUUUCAACCACGGAAUCGAGCUGUCGGGUGAUGGACGGACGCUGUAUGCAUCAACGCCUCAAUCUGUCUACGAGUGGGACUACGAUCCUUCCCAGGGGCGAAACACUUCCGACCGUCGCGAAAUCAUCGGCGAGAUUGGGCCCACGGAUGGCCAUGUCACUCGGACCUUGCUGAUGUCCAGGAAGGCGGAAGGCAUUCUCCUCGUCAGCCGAGGAAGCAUGUCGAAUCUGGACUUGGCUGCCCUGGACAUCACUACAGGGGUGUCGACGAUCAAAGCAUUCAAUGUCUCAAAUGUGACCGACGGUUCCCCAUACAAUUUCGCCCGUGAUGGGUCCAUCCUAGGUUGGGGAUUGCGCAACUCUGUGGGCGUCGCCGAAGACCCCGUGACCGGUGGUGUCUUCUCCGUCGAGAACAGUGUUGACAAUUUUAAUCGCAAUGGCCAAAGCAUUUAUGAGGACAAUCCGGGCGAAGAAUUGAACUUUCAUGGUUACCUCAACGGAACCGAAACCCCGGAAUCGGGACGCAACUUUGGAUAUCCUACUUGCUAUGCCGCGUGGGAUGUCUCUGCCAUUCCGGAUAACGAAGGCAUUCAGGUCGGCACGCAGUUUGCCAUCGGAGAGCAGAAUGCCACUGUAAACGACACCUUCUGCCAGCAGGAAAGGCAGGCUCCAAGACUUACCUUUCAGGCUCACCAAGCACCUCUAGACAUCAAGUUCAACAGCAAUGGAACCGCGGCAUGGGUUACGUUCCAUGGUUCUUGGAACCGUGAUGAUCCCAUCGGCUACAAGCUCUCAGUCAUUCCUUUCGCCAAUGGCCAGCCCAUCGAUCCGGCCAACAGCACCAGCGCCGCCAUAUCAAUUGUCUCCAACCCCGACACAUCGGCAUGUCCACGUGGUUGUUUCCGUCCCGUGGGACUCGCCUGGGACUCUAAGGGCCGAUUGUUCAUGAGCAGCGACUCCUCGGGCGAAAUCUUCGUCGUCGUCCCCGCGAGCGGUGGGAGUGCUGACGAGGCGAACCCUACACCAAGUGGUAGUGGAACAGGGACAGGCCAGCCGAGUUCUACCAGCAGUCCGGGUGCUGCGGUGGAGGCCUGGGACGGGCAGGCCGCGAGGUUUGCGACUGUGUGGGCGGCGAUCAUGGCGUUGCCUUUUAUUUGA